CUAACCGAAGGCUCAAUCAUGAUCUCAUAUGGGGAUGACGACUUUCGUUGGAACGCCUUUCGUUCCCAUAAGAGAGCCAAUAUCGAGAAGCCGUCACUAACACCAUGGAUGAUUACGUGUUUGCAAGCAACUAAGCUGCUUCUCUUUCUUUCAUGCAACACUUUUCUAACUGUUGGAGCGGCUGUCUCGAAGAUUAGUGUCCUUAUUCUUGCCACCAAUCUAUGGGAGAAGAGAUACACCUCGGAUCCGUAUGCUCGCAGAUGUAGCAAAGUUCCAGUUGAACGUACCCCACGAGCUGUGGCCGCAAUGUUUCUCUGCCUCAUGCUCAUCCAAACAGUCCCGGAUAUCCUGGCCGUGAUAAGAUCCUUUGCUCGCUUUUAUCGCGGCGACCGAGCCGGCAGAGUUCGAUUUUCUGUAGGUUUAACUGAUUUUGCUAUUUAUGGCGUUUGUUUUUUACGUUUUUAUGAUUAUUUACUAGUUUGUCGCGCUUGA